AUGAAAGGAUUUACUGCACUUAUUAUAAGUAGUUUAAAUAGUUUUGAUUUGAAUAUUGUACGUAAAUUUGCUAAACAAGGUUGUAAUAUUGUUUUGAAUGGAAAUCAAAUUAAUGAGAACAUAGUUAAAACAAUUCAAAAUGAAUAUCAACAAAAUAAAACAAUUUAUUUAUCAGAUAAUAUACAAAAUGAAAUCGAUAUACAUAAAUUAGUCAAACAAAUAUUAAAUCAUUUUCAGCAUAUUGAUAUUCUUAUUAUAAAUAAUGAAUGUAAACGACAUUAUAGAGCUUCUAUUGAUGAAUUUCCAACAGAAAAAUGGAGAGAUAUUAUCGAGCAUAAUAUUAUAUUAAAUUUUGCUUUAGUUAAAACUCUAUGGCCUUAUAUGAAACGACAACAUUUUGGUAGAAUUAUUAAUAUUGCAAACGAACAUAGCUUGGCUGCUAGUGAAUAUAAAUCAGCAUGCAUUACUUCACAUCAUGCAUUGCUUGGACUAAAUAAAGCUAUUUCUAUUGAAGGUGCUUCAUUCGGAAUUACUUCUAAUAUCAUUUGUCCAGGAUACAUAAAAACAAAUUUCUUUGAACAAUAUGAUUACAUAAAAACAUUAGCUGAUCUUGUUUUAUUUUUAUGUAGUGAUCAAGCUCGUUCAAUUACUGGUCAAUCAAUUCCAUGGUGUUUAACAUAG